CCGGAUGCAGAGCGUCCCCCGGCUAUCUCCAUCCGGCAUGGAUGGAGGAGCACUGCCUCCAACUCUAACCGAAAAGCACACGUUGUAUAUACGUGAUGUGAAAAGAUAUUUUGACACCAAAAUGCCUCUCAACCAAAAGACUUGUGCAUAUAAAAUCCGCAUUCCUCGAGGCCAUGUUUUGAAAAUGAAUUGAACAUGUAGGCAGAUCAUCGCUGGAUCCAACGUGCAGGAAGAGUCGAGAUCGGUCAAGGAUUUUAAUUACGGUUUUGCUAUUUUUUAGGCGACAGAAAAAUAACUAUUUCUCAAUCGAUAAUAACAACCUUUUGAUUCAAUCGCUGAGAUUCGUGUAACAUUAUUGUAGGCCCGAUGGAUAAGAAAAUCUUGAUUGAAUGGCUACUAUUAUUAACUGAGAAAUAACUAUUUCUUAGACGACUGAAAAACAGACACUUCCUUUUAAUUAUCCUAGGCAGUGGCGGCUGAGAGCUGAAUUGACCACACAACUUUCUGACAAAUCCUUUGUAUCAAUGGGAUCUUGACGUACCAGUAGGUACCAGAGGAGAUCGCUAUGAUCAUUGCUGUCUCCGUAUCGAAGAGAUGUGAAAGUGUUCGGAUCAUUGUGCAAUGUCCUAAUCAAAUGCCUAGUUACAUGAUCAAAGCCGAUGAUCAUAAGCUAUGUCCUCCAUCACGAUCUGGAAUGAAACACCUAGCUAAACACCUAAACUCACAACGGCCUAUCCAUGAAUAUCUUGAGAAAAACCUAUACUGUACAGACAUUUCGUCGACUUCUACUUAUCUCUUCGGGUACAGUCUUGAGAGAGACGCUUCAGCAUGUCAGUUGCAUCGCCACCACGGCCAAGAGAACGCUCGAUGUAGAGAGAUCGACACCGAUCCAACCGCCUCCGGUCGUCCUUUGGAGUUGCGCUCCUCCGGCCAACCGCGACCGGCCCGUGUGAGAGCGGCAGGAGGGACAUACGUGCACGAAUUUCUGGCAGUUGAUUUCGCGCAGUUUCCACACAAUCGACAGGUAGCAGUUCUCUUCUCAUGACGCCACACGUGACACGUCUCUGCUUCCCAGUUCCCACCCCUCCGACGACGAUAAAACCCAGAUUGCCUGCCAUACAAAAGCAGAUGCGAAACGCAAGGAGCACGUCCGCUAGCGCGCCUCAGCCGCACGAUCUCUUCUUCUUCCACACGCAGACAGACGGUCUCGAUCUCGAGGGAGAUCGGAGGGCUCUCGUCGAGAUGUGGCAGCUGCUGCCGUCGGCGCUGCUGUACCCGGCGCCGGCGUCGGCGUUCGUGACGGCGAUGUCGGUGCUGUCCUCCGCGUCGCUGGCGUCCGCGGGCCUCUCGGAGCUCCGCGGCCAGCACAUGGCAUACUCCAAGUUCUGGCACGUCGUCGCAUCCGGCUCCACCCAGAAGAAUCCCGGCGGCGGCGGCGAGCGCUUGCUGUCGAGCCGCGACGGGAUGCUGGUGGCCUACGCGCCGGCGCUCGUUGCCGCGGCGGCGUCGUUCGCGCUGCCGGGCGCCCUGGAAGAAGGGCUCCGCGCGCAGCUCCUCGCCGGCGCGCUCGCCGUCCACUUCCUCAAACGGGUCCUCGAGGUACUGUUCGUCCACCGGUACAGUGGAAGCAUGCCACUGAACACGGCGCUCAUGAUCUCCUCCAGCUACCUGCUCAGCACCAUCACCAUGAUCUAUUCCCUGCACCUCGCGGCCGGCCUGCCAGAGCCCUCCAUCAACCUGCUCUACCCUGGCGUGCUCGUCUUCACCGUCGGCAUCGCCGGCAACUUCUACCACCACUACCUCCUCUCGCGGCUAAGGAAAGGAUCAGGCACCACCAGCGAAGGUGACAAGUCCUACAAAAUCCCCACCGGCGGCCUCUUCGGCCUCGUCGCCUGCCCGCACUACCUUUUCGAGAUCGCCGGUUUCUUCGGGUUCGCAAUGAUCUCGCAGACGGUGUACGCGCUCGCCAUGGCCUCUGGCACGGCCGCGUACCUCACCGGCCGGAGCUGCGCCACCAGGAGGUGGUACGCGUCCAAGUUUGAGGAGUACCCGGCCAGGAUCAAGGCUCUUGUGCCAUAUAUCUUGUAAUGUCAUAAUUAGAGCUUCGGGUAGUAGAUAGAGUGGAGUUCGAUCGAGUGUGGAUCGAUGUAUCUGGAUCGGACUCAAGUCUCUGCUAAUGGGGCGUUAGUUUCUGUUACAAUGAUUUACUUUGGUUAAAUAACCUAAAUGAGCAAACGAAACGAAAUCACCCUGCUUCCUUGUUUGAGAAGGCUCAAUGAUUUCUGACUGUUGUUUA